UGAUGGUGGCUGGUGACAAAAUUUAUUUACGAUAGAAGCGGACGCGGACAUUAGUUGUUAUCAAAUUGUCAGCAAAUUCCAUAUAUACAAAAGUUAAUUGUAAAACCUACGAUUAUUAAGACGAAACCUAAUUUUAAUUGUUUUAACCUUUACUCUGUACCGUACAAUUUUGUAAGGAUCGAUAAGUGUUUCUUAUAAAUAAGCCUGCGCGCUGUUGCAAUUCUUUUUUUUUUUUCACCCACAAUUUUGUCCGAAUGGAGAGAGUUGCGAACAUUUUUCAAAAGUGAAAAAUAGAAAUAAUGAACAAUUUACAUAACAUAGUGGUGUGAUGUACUGUAAAGUAUUUUGAAUGCAGGAAACCUAUUCAAUUGAAUCACAUUAUAUUAUAGUAUAUAUAAACCUUAAAGGUAUUAAUUAAGUUAAAGUAUAACUUACAACACAUCAUGAGAGGACGUUCUGGCAGAAGAUCUAGAAGUCGAGAUCGCAGGCGAUCAAGAAGUCGCGACAGGGGCUACGGAGGAGGCGGAGGAGGUAGAAGGAAUACCGCUGGUUCCAGUUUGCGAAAACCUAGAUGGGACAUGAGCCGAUUGGAGCCAUUUAAAAAAGAUUUCUACAUUCCUCAUCCAUCUGUCACGGAUCGCCCUUACUAUGAAAUCGAAGAAUGGCGUCGCAACAAAGAAAUAUCCCUUAAGGGCAAGUCGAUUCCAGAACCAGUUUUGAAUUUUGAAGAAGCUGGCUUCCCAGAUUACGUAAUGACGGAAUUGCGAAAAAUGGGUUUUAAGAACCCAACGCCUAUCCAGUCCCAAGGUUGGCCUAUUGCCUUAUCCGGUCGUGACAUGGUCGGAAUUGCCUCGACUGGCUCUGGGAAAACGUUAAGCUACAUCCUCCCCGCUAUCGUUCAUAUAAAUAAUCAGGGCCGACUACAGCGGGGAGACGGACCCGUUGCGUUAAUUCUAGCGCCGACGAGGGAACUGGCUCAGCAGAUUCAACAGGUCGCCACCGAUUUCGGCCACACCUCCAAAAUACGCAAUACGUGCGUAUUCGGAGGGGCUCCAAAAGGCCCCCAAGCCAACGACCUUAUGGACGGAGUAGAAAUCAUCAUAGCAACGCCCGGCCGGCUGAUCGACUUUUUGGAAAGCAACAGAACCAAUUUGAGGAGGUGUACGUACUUGGUGCUCGACGAGGCCGAUAGAAUGCUCGAUAUGGGCUUCGAGCCGCAAAUCCGGAAGAUAAUAGAACAAAUCCGUCCCGACAGACAAACUCUGAUGUGGUCGGCGACUUGGCCUAAGGAAGUUCAAGCUCUAGCCCAGGAGUUUCUGAAGGAUUUCAUACAAAUCAACGUCGGGUCGUUGCAGUUGUCCGCGAAUCACAAUAUUUUACAGAUCAUAGACGUUUGUCAGGAGAGCGAGAAGGAAGUGAAGUUGAGUACUCUGCUGAAGGAAAUCAUGUCGGAGAAAGAAAACAAGACUAUUAUUUUUAUAGAAACAAAGAAACGAGUGGAUGACAUCACGAGGAAAAUGAAGAGAAAUGGCUGGCCCGCAGUGUGUAUACACGGAGACAAAUCUCAGCAAGAACGCGAUUGGGUCUUACAAGAUUUCAGAUCAGGCAAGGCUCCGAUCUUAGUGGCGACGGACGUGGCGGCCCGAGGUCUAGAUGUGGAAGACGUUAAAUUUGUUAUCAAUUUUGACUAUCCCUCCAAUUCCGAAGAUUACGUUCAUCGGAUAGGUCGCACUGGUCGUUCCCAACGAACGGGUACUGCUUACACGUUUUUCACGCCCAGCAAUUCCAACAAGGCGGCCGACCUCGUCGCUGUCCUCAAAGAGGCCAAACAAGUGAUCAAUCCCAGGCUCCAGGAGAUGGCCGACAAUCGCAGCUGGAGUUCCGGCGGUUCUGGAAGAGGGAGAAGUCGAUGGGGACGGAACCGUCCACACCAAAGCCACCGUUCGAGGUCGAGAUCUCGUUCGAGGAGCCCGAGGCGGAGCCGAAGAGAUCGCAGUUACUCCAGAGAGAGAAGCCGCAGGAAAAAGUCGCGCAGCAUAAGCAGGGAGAAGAGUCCCGUUUCCUCCAGACCGAGUCCAGUCCCAGUUAGAAAGAGUCCCCUCGUCACGAGGCAAAUACAAACGAAGCUGAACGUUUCGGCGCCGCCACCGCCACCGUCAACACCGGCUCCUCCAUCGGGGCCUCCGCCAAACGUCGCCCCGCCUCCUCUACCGCAAACCCUGCCGCAGCCGAUGCUGACUUAUCAGAGUUUGCCUCCCCCGCCUAAUCCUUUCGGCGCAUACCAGCUGCCUAAUGGAACAUUGGUCUUCAACGCUCCACCUCCGCCGCCCCCGACGCAAGGGGUUACUAGAAUGUACUUUCCGUACGCUCCGCCGCCGCCCACUCCUCGUUAAGUUUGAUACAUUCUGAGGGUAUAAAAGUAUUGUUGGAGCUCAAAUUGGUUAUUUUUGAGUAUUGUUAUUAACAAAAAAUAAUCUCAUUAUAUGAUUUUAAGAUUACACUGUCACUAUAUUUAUUUUGAGGACUUUAAGGUACUUUAUUUAAUUAUCCUGAAUUUUUAUAUGUA